AUGCGGUCUUCACAGCUUCUUCACCUCUUGGCCCUGGUUGCCAUGGGAGUUACUGCCGCCCCCCUCCCAAGCGGUUCUGAGACCGGGACUACCGGACUUCAGGUUGAGGCCCCAGAUGGACGUCGUGUCCUGUCGUCUGAGGAGGAUCAUACCCGAGGUUAUACCCUGUGCCCGACCUGUAAAAGCGCGCAUCGGAGCGAUGAGCUAUUGGAAGAUCAUCAACAAAAAGAGCAUGGUUAUGUGGGUACCGAGGGAAAGGGUAGAAGUUCUAAUCCCCGAGCCCCAACCAAUCGCGCUCGGCCUAUGUCUGAGGAAGAGCGGCUGAACAGGAUAGCCAGAAAGGUAGGGCACUAG